AUGACCCAGCCUCACAACAGGAUUCGUGUCGCAAUCGCAGGCGGUGGCAUAGCAGGUGCCACGCUCUUCUACGCCCUCCGCCAACACCGCCACCUGGACGUGCACAUCUUCGAAGCCGCGCCCAAUUUCAGGGAGGCCGGGGCCAGCGUUGGCAUUCACUACAAUGCUUUCGAAGCGCUCGCGCUCAUCUCCCCCGAUGCCGUCGCCUGUCUCGAGGCCGCAGGCGCCUUCAAACUGGACGGAUUCACCGCGUCCAUGGCAGUCGGAGACGACCAGGGUCGCACCAUCGCGAUGGUUGGUGAAGAGGGGGGGAGAUGCGUUGAGCACGUCGUAAGGAGUGUUUCCCGAGCGGCAUUGCUGAGAGUCCUCCUGGCAGAUGCUCCCCCACAGCAAAUGCAUACGUCCAAACAGCUUGAAGGUUUUGAGACUAGGCCCGACGACUCUUUGGAACUACACUUCGCCGACAAGACAACCCAUGAAUGUGACAUCCUCGUCGGUGCGGACGGGAUACGCAGCACCGUUCGCAAAUUGAUAUUGGGGGCUGACAAUCCAUGUGCCCAUCCAAAGAACACGGGCUGGUGGAACCUUUUCAGCAUCAAACCCUUCAGCGAGGCUCAACAGCUGCUCGACAUCAACGAUACUUGGCAGCGCGGGUGGGUCGGCGAUGGCGUGGCCUCCAUGUAUUCGAUUUUCGACCGAGGUCAGGCGGUAGUCAUGCUGCUUGCUUGUCUCGAUCAAAACCGUGGCGAAGCUCAUACUCGUCCUGUGUCUGCCGAUGAAAUAAGGCAAAUCUGCCACGACUGGCCGCCAUGUUUGUUGAAAGCGAUCGAAACGUUCUUCUGUGAGAAAUCUGAACAGACCGCGUUGUACCUCUGGGAACAUGCGAUCCCGGCUCCUUCGUACUGUGCCGGGCCUGUCUGUUUGCUAGGUGAUGCUGCUCAUGCCACUACACCAUGGUUGGGGUCUGGCGGCGGCAUGUCCAUCGAAGACGCGCUCAUCCUUUCCACGUUGCUUGGCCAGACAAAAACAUCUCACGAAGCUCUAGACGCCCUCAGAGUCUAUGAUAGCACCCGCCGGCCGCGAACUCAGCGUGUUGUAAAGGCGAGCCAUGAUCAGGGGGUUAUGUGGUCCGGCCGAGGCAGCGAAACUGGUCUAAAUGCGGCUAAACUCGAGAGAGACUUCUCUCGGGGAUGGGACUUCAUUCACUUUUUCGAUGUCGAGGCCCACCGCAACGAGGCUUUGCAAAUGUUCUCAGUGGCGUCAUUCCAAGAUGUCCAGUACUUGCUCGCCAAGUACUCUCCCCAAGCCUUUGAUGAUAUAAUGAUCGUGUCAUAUCUUGGAGAAGAGCAGGUCGAGACAGAAGAGGAUAUUGGCGAGGAAGUUGUCAUUAUCAUCAACGACAUGCGAGACAGAGGGGUCGCGGGUAUCGAGGGUUGCCAUAGUAGUACGGCACCCUAA